CGCGGAGCGGAGAAGCGCCUGGCAGACCGGAGCGCAGCGCGAGGCAGCCAAGCCGCUGUCUGUCAUUAGCUGAGAGUGUGACAGAGGAGUGACAGAAGAGGGGGAGAGAGAGAGAGAGAGAGUCGGGGGGAGAGGGAGAGAGAGAGAGAGGAGAAGGAGGGAGGAGUGAACGGUGCAGGUUCAAACAGACACACCGGCCUGAGAGGAGAGAAGAAGAACAAGGAGAGCGCCGGACCCCGAGAGAGAGAGAGAGAGAGAGAGAGAGAGAGAGAGAGAGAGGGAGAGCGAGAGAGAGAGAGAGAGGGAGAGAGUGGGAGACUGACAGGCGUUACCGAAACUAGACGAACCAAAGCGUCGACAUGAGCGGCCAGUUUGAGGAAGAUAUCCAUGACCGGGGAGAGAGGAAGAGCAGCAAGUCCCCAACGCUGCUCUCCUCUUACUGCAUAGAGAGCAUUCUGGGCCGCCGGAGUCCCUGUAAGGUCAGACUGAUUGGGGCGCAAAGUUUGACGGGUCUGCCCGGCAGAGGAGAGCUCGACAAAACGGCUGACGGGCCAACGAAAGACCCCCUUUCCCUCAGCGCUGACAUGCACCUGCCACCCAAACUCCGCCGACUGUACGGACCCGGGGGCAAGUACCUCCAAGACCACGCAGAGAAGCUGGACAGAGAACGGCUUCUCCUGGAACAAGCCAGCGACAGCCUCAAAAUCAGCCAAGCGCCGCAGGUGAGCAUCAGCCGCAGCAAGUCCUACCGGGAGAACGCGUCGCUGAGCCGGGGGGAGGGCGACCAGAGCCCCGGGGAGGGCUCGGAAGACGGCAGCCUGGGGCUGGUGGAGCUCGGCCCGUUGAAGUUCGAGGAGGACGGGGGGAAAGAGGAGGAGAGCUGCGCGGACACAGCCGCGCUGUCCCCGAAGGACGAGGAGAGGGAGAGCUUGAACGCCGGGGAUGGGGACGUGAGGGACGGGGAGGACAGCGUGUGUCUGUCAGCGGGCAGUGACUCGGAGGAAGGGAUGCUGAAACGGAAGCAAAGAAGAUACAGGACUACCUUCACCAGUUACCAGCUGGAGGAGCUGGAGAGGGCUUUCCAGAAGACACACUACCCCGACGUCUUCACCAGAGAAGAGCUCGCAAUGCGCCUGGAUCUUACCGAGGCCCGCGUUCAAGUGUGGUUCCAGAACCGCAGGGCCAAGUGGAGGAAGCGUGAGAAGGCCGGGGUGCAGGCCCACCCAUCAGGCCUGCCGUUCCCAGGCCCCCUGGCGGCGGGCCACCCCCUCAGUCACUACCUGGAGGGAGGCCCCUUCCCUCCCCACCCACACCCGGCCCUGGAGUCCGCCUGGACAGCCGCGGCGGCCGCAGCCGCAGCCUUCCCAGGCCUGGCACCGCCGCCCCACAACGGCUCGGCCCCACCCCUGGCCACCCCGCUCGGCCUGGGCACCUUCUUGGGCACGGCUGCCAUGUUUCGCCACCCCGCCUUCAUUGGACCCACUUUUGGCAGGCUGUUCUCCAGUAUGGGUCCCUUAACCAGUGCUUCCACCGCUGCAGCUCUCCUCCGCCAGCCUGCCCCUCCCGUAGAGAACCCCUCCCACGCGGGGCCCGUCCUCCCCGACCCUUCUGCCUCUUCCUCCUCCUCCUCUUCCUCAGCCGCUGCGGACCGCAGGGCCUCCAGUAUCGCCGCACUGCGCCUCAAGGCCAAGGAACACUCGGCUCAGCUCACCCAGCUUAACAUCCUGCCCACCGGAGCCACAGGGAAGGAGGUGUGCUGAACACUAAACACCAGCUCUAGGCCUCCCUAUCCCGGGCGUAUACGUCCCAUUCCAUGACACCCCACCACCACCACCACCACCCCACUCCACCCACCUGUUCCCCACUUCCACAAAACCCAUUCAUACCUCUGGAGGCUGAUGUCCUGAUGUUCCCUGUGUUCAACCAUCCCCGUUACCUCAUGUUUCCCCAACAAAAUAGCACGACCAAAUUCAAAAGAGCACUGGCUAAAAAAAAGUGUGUGUUUGUGUGUGUCUAGUAAUUACAGCUACUGUGACAUUAUUUCACAACUGCAACGAUUAGAAUAUUUUAAGCUUAAAAAUGUAAUUCUUUUCAAUAUUUCACUUUAACAAUAAAUUAAACUUGAAAUUAGGUCCCUGAUCAUUCACUUCAGCUAUCAUAUAUAGUUGUUUUUUUUUUAAGUACAUUGACUCAUGUACUGUAUUUUUUUCCAUCUGAUGCCAUUUUAUACUAGUACAGUUCAGAGGAAAAUUAAUGUACUUUUACCUUUUACCACUACAUUACUUUACCAAUUUUUAAACUGAGAUUUAAAAACAUCGGAUGAGCUUACAAAAUAAAACGUGUGUGUAAAAAUGUAAAACAUUAGAGCCAACCCACUACAACAGUAACAUGCUACUGACACAUUAGCAAUUAGCACACAAGCUUAGUAAUAUUAAGUCAGCGCUGGGGCAAUUUUUCUGCAUUCAGUAAUUAAAUUUUUCUACUUUAGGUUUAUUUAAAAUGAUAUAAGCUGAUGCAUGUUGCCCAUAUUACUUCUAUACUUUCACUUAAGCAACAAUCUAAAAUUAUGACUUUUACUUGUAACAGAGUAUUUAACAGAGUGCUUUGGCUACUUUUACCCUAGGAAAAAGGAUCUGUCGUCACACACAAACACACACGCAUACAGAGCUGAAGAACCGCAGGGGAACCCAGACUUUUAGAAAGGAUUCUUGUGCUACUUCAAAAUGUGGACAACUCGAGUGCUCGACAUUAACACUGCUUAAUCUGUAUGCAUUGAUGUGGGCUGAGCCAGUCUGCGUCUAUAAUAAAGGCGGGUUGGAGGAGAGUCCCCCCCCCCCUCCAAGAACCAAAGGAAUCCUGUCCAUAGACCUUCCAUAGCCUUCUCUACAAACCUGACUCCUCUCCACUGCUCGCCUGUCCUACAGUCACUCUCAGCAACACCACUCUAUCUAUCUAUCUAUAUAUAUAUAUAUAUUUAAUCUCCGAAUCAAACCGGAGUUAUUUAUGGUCACCCCCAGCCCCCUCCACCCCCUCUCUAGCUCCCUCCCACCCACACACACACACACACACACACACACACACACACACACACACACACACAGCAGUGGCAUUUCCGCUGAGUCUGACUCCAGGACACGCGAGCAAAAGUCGAGACCUGAGGUGUGUCUCUAAUGACGUGACUGUGUGAAAGAAAACUGUACAUAUUGUGUAAAAAAAAGGGGGGGAGAAGAGGUACGACAAAAAAGGAUGAUUUUCAAAACAAGGUCGUGUAUAUUUCAGGAGACCGUGUUUUGACCAUUUGCACUCGGUGUAGUGUUUAAUGAAUGUCGCCCUGUGUAGAAUUUCACCUGUGUUUAUGAAUUAUUAGGUUUUUAGAUAAUUAUUUAUGUCAAAACUUUUCCCCGAGGAACUGAGUGAAGGACAGUUUUUUUUUCUUAUUAAGUGAUUGUAAGUUUCCUGGUUUAAUAAUGCUAAUUUGAAUAAAUUACAUUGGUAAAAUGAGUUAUCUUUUAUUAUUUCAAAUUCCUUUAGGACUGACAUAGGCCUAAACCAGGAGAAAUAAACAAUGUGAAAUAGAAUAUUAUAGAACUAUUAAUAAAAGGUGUUAUGAAGAAA